AUGCUGCCGUCAAAACCAUCAAUCCGGGGACCAAAGUGGGAGCGUCGGACAUUUUGCCGCCCAUUCCCAUGUGAGUGCCAUGUGGGAGCUCUAUUGUUGCUCGAGGGUGAGAGAGAGGUUGUCAACCAUAUCAUGAUCAACUCUCCCACUAGACGCUGUAAGGUGAGGCGUAACGCAGUGGACCAUGACACAUCAACAAAACAGCCAGCAUGGCUACGGCAACUGCAAUAUCCCUUGGACUGGCGUCCCUCACCCGACGGCUCUUGUGGUUAUCCCAACUUGUACAACUGCACCAACUCAGGCUUUGGUUCCUGCUGCUCAUCUACCAACUGGUGCGGAGACUCGCCUGGACACUGCGGUGCCGGCUGCCAAUCUCUUUUCGGCAUCUGCACUGAGUUCAACGUCAGUACUGACGGCUUGUGCGGCCCUGCAAACGGUGACAAAACUUGUGCUGGGUCCGGCUUUGGCGACUGCUGCUCGUCAGGAGGCUGGUGCGGCAACACCACUGAUCACUGCGCGGCCAGUUGUCAGUCUGGCUUUGGGACUUGUGAUGCUGGGACAGGAAAUAUUUCCACCGACGGUCAAUGCGGUGCCAAUGGCAAGACCUGCACUGGUUCUGGCUUUGGAGACUGUUGCUCGGCAAGAGGAUGGUGUGGCGGUACCAGUGAUCACUGUGGUGCAGGUUGUCAGUCUGGUUUUGGCACAUAUAACGGCGGGAGCGGUUCCAUCUCGACUGACUGGGAGUGUGGGUCAAGGAAUGGCAAAACUUGUACGGGCUCUGGCUUUGGAAAAUGCUGCUCUCGGAAUGGCUUCUGUGGUAGCACGACGGAUCACUGCAGUGCUGGUUGCCAGAGCGGCUUCGGGACCUGCUCCAGUGGCAGUGGUUCCAUCUCGACCGAUGGUACAUGCGGCUCUGUGAACAAAAGACGUGCAUAG